CCAUGAAACACGGAUGAUACCAGAAGGGUGUGCAGAUUGGGUAGUGGUAUCUCACUGCAACAAUGCACCUCCCUUCCACGUUGCACCAUGACACGCACCCUGUCUUUUUUAAUAUCGUUAACGAUAGCACCAUGUCUUUCCAGGAAACUACAUCGUUCUCAACUGACCAGACAAGAGAAGCAUUCAUUGAGCAGGUGCAGAGACUCAGAAAGGACGUCCAGUCUCUCUAUGCUUCAUUCCAUCAGGUUUCGCGAAUUCUAGGCAAUAUUCUAGAUAGUCGUCACCUUCCUUCUGCAUUUCGAAAUGAAGUGGAGCGUCUUGAUGAAAGGUGGCAUGGCAUUCAGAAGGCAUUUCGACAUGUCCUUUGGUCAUCGAGAGACCUUUCGGGUGAUGCACGGAGUACCGCCAUCGAUUUCAUCCUGUUUAUCGAUCACGUACUAUGCAAUCCCCAUUUGACUGACUUGCAGAAAAGGGAGGCAAUUGAGACCUACAGGAACCAUGCGUCAAACCAAAAGAACCGCUCACAAGACAUCAGCGACGAGUUGAAGAACUUAAGCAUUCAAAUCGAGGCCUUUUCCAGAGAUUGGAAGGAGACGGUACACAAGAAAGGAAUAUAUCAAUAUACCUUACACUUCGUGAAGUGUGCCGAAGAUAUUGCGGCCCUCGAUCAUUCUCUUAGCCAACUUAGAACCAAGAUUAUUCUUAUGAGCUUCGCCUUAGUUUGCGGAGUGGCAGCUGGAACUGCCUUUGUUGUAGUGUCUAUUCUACAUGGAUGCUUCGAUCCGACUAUACUCCCAGAUCUCUUUGCCCCGUCAUCCAAGGCGUUGACGCGAUUGCGAAAGGCAAUCUCCGAUAUGAUUGCUGAUAGGAAACAACGUAAAAAGCUUCGCACGGAAUUGGAGGAACUUCAGACGAUUGGCCUCAGUGAUAUAGAAAAUAUUGUUAGCAGGCUUGUCACAAUCUGCUCCAUCUGGACAUCUAUCGCCGGAGAAUUGAAGACCGUUCAGGAACUUAUGGAUGGUGUCUCAGAGCAAAAGUGUAUGCCGCAGGUGCUCGAGAACCGCUUACAAGUCACUCGAAAUUUGUAUAUCACACUCAGCGAGGUCUUCUAUGAGUACCAAGUCGCUAUACCGUCAACGAACUUGUAGAAAAGACGGAAGGACGUAGAACGUCUCUCGGAAGGGCCUCAUAGCACGUCACUUCCAGUUUCCGGUCUGCUUUAAGGUCGAAUUGUACCAGCUGCGAGUCAGCUCAGCUUGCUAUGUACGCUAUUGUCAUUUUUAUGCAU